AUGAAAUAUCUGAUUCUUGGAAGCAUUUUGAUAAUUUCCGUUGCCGGUCAAGGAUGGCAAUGGAAUCCAUUUAAUCAAUGGCAACAACCAGCAGCUCCAGUUUGGCCACAACAACAACAAUGGGGCGGAGCCAAUGGGUUCGGAGCUCAGCCACAACCACAAUCAUUUGCUCCAGCUCAACAAGGAGUGAAGAAUGCAGUUCAAGAUAGAAUUCAACAAAUUUACGGAGUACCUGGGAAGAGGAAUGCCAAUCAGAAAUUGAGAGUUUGCUGUAGAUCGUUGAAGGAUGCUGACGUGGACUGCAGAAGAAAAUACUGCGAUUUUGAAGCUUUCAGACCAGAUCAGGUGCUUGGAUACUUGGCAGAAUGCUCUCCAAAGGGUCCAACAGUCGGUCAAAUGUGGGAUUGUGCAUCUUCUCGUGCUGAUCACACAGCCUGUUGUCAACGUCAAGGAGUUCUUCCAGCAUGUAUGGCUUACUGUGAAACAACAAAUGGAGUUCCAACUGAUUAUCUCAAAUACGCACUCUGUGUUGGACAAUUCGACAGAAUCCGUUUCUGUUUCCGUGAAUAUCUCGAAGGACAUCCAAACAUCAAGGGAGAUUCUUAA